AAAGAAAAGUCAGGCAAACCGCUGAGAGAUUUUAUAUCUUGCUCUUUGCACGCCUGUGCGUAAAAACCCCGAGCCUGGCGAUGAUCAGAUAGCCAGAGAGGAGCCAGACGAGGAAGUUAGGAGGAGGGACCACUGCGGUGGCGUGGUGUGUGUGUGUGAGUGUGAGUGUGUGCGCGUGCGCGCGCGGAGAAAAGAGUUUAUACUGGAUUCUCCGGACGCCUCCAGCUCUGUGAAAUCGGAGGAUCUCUCCAGUCCUGCUUUUGUACCCAAAGCAGUAAUGCGCGCAAAGGGACGCGAAGCUCCAGUGCUGCGUGUGCGUAUCUGCUCCGUUUUUAACACGCUGUGGUUUGAGGAAAGUUAACACACCUUUGCUGUCAAUGUCAGCACAGGUAGAGGGAAGAGGAUCCCGGAAGAACUCGUAGUGCAGGUUACCAGGUUGUUUGCAUAGCCUGUGCUUUUAUUCCUAAGCGAGCGAGCGCCCGAUGGACUUGUUUGCCUUAUUUAAAAAGUAGUUGUUCUCUCUUAUAUUAGUUGCGUUUGAAGUAAAUUAACUGCAAGAAGAUGAAGGAGCUGAGGAAGAGGAAGUUGUACGUGCUUAUGGACGUGCUGUGUGUUGUAGUAGCGGCACUGCCCUUCAUCAUUAUGACCAUCGUAUCCAAGCCAUAUAUAAGAGGGGUUUACUGUGACGACGAGAGCAUCAUGUACCCCGUGAAACCAGACACCAUCACCCACGGCAUGCUGGCGGCUGUCACCAUUACCUGCACCGUCAUCAUUAUCUCCUCUGGAGAGGCGUAUCUGGUCUACAGCAAGAGGAUUUACUCUAACUCUGACUUCAACCAGUAUGUAGCUGCACUCUACAAGGUGGUGGGCACCUUCUUGUUUGGAGCGUGUGUUAGCCAGUCACUCACCGACCUUGCUAAGUUCACGAUCGGCCGCCCGAGACCAAACUUCAUGGCCGUGUGUGGCCCGAGGGCCUGCACGGGAUACAUGCAGAUGAUCAACUGCACUGGCAAGCCUCAGGACGUCACAGAGGCCAGAUUGUCCUUCUACUCUGGUCACUCCUCUUUUGGAAUGUACUGCAUGCUCUUCCUAGCGCUUUACGUGCAGGCCAGACUGGUGGCUAAGUGGGCCAGACUUCUCCGGCCCACCAUCCAGUUCUUCCUGGUGGCCUUUGCGGUGUAUGUGGGUUACACCCGAGUCUCUGAUUACAAGCACCACUGGAGCGACGUGCUGACGGGGCUGCUGCAGGGAGCGCUUGUUGCUGUGCUCAACGUGCGCUUUGUCUCAGACUUCUUUAAGAAGCGUCCUCCACGUUGCACAAGGCCAGACACAGCCGAUAGCGAAGAGCCAGAGAGGAAACCCAGCCUGCAGAUUGCAGACACUGAGCACAGCAACCAUUACAACUAUCACCACAAUCCCGGCCCUGUGUGAUCGGGGCUGACGCUAGGGAACAGAGGCUGCAGCCUGCAGACCCCAAACCUGUGUGACAGGGUCAAACUCUGGGGCUUUAACCUUGAUUGUGCAGUCAGCAGUGUUUAGCUCAGGGAAUAACCCGGGUCUCCUGCGGUCCUGACUCUGUAGGCUGAUCACUGCAGACUCUUGAUGCUAUGUGAGAAGUCCCAUGAGUGUGAGAUGUUUUAUUUUAGAGUGUCUAUAUGAAUUCUGCAACCAGUCCUUUUGUAUGUCUGUUUGAAGGGAGUAAAGCUAGGGAGUGGGUCUGUAGCAUGCAGCCUCCGAGCCCCCAGCUCCCUCCCUCUGUGUCAACCACUCACACCCCACCUCCCCAACCACUGGACUGACUGAGGGGGCUGCAUCCCAACGCUAGGUGCUUGAGCCCCUUCUGAAAGACACCAUGAUGACCUCCUUUUCUCCUGUAAGAGAGAGAGGGGCUUAUUGUUUUUAAGACAUCAUUGUUGAUGUUAAAGUGUAUAUGCUUAAAGCUGCAUUAAGCGAACGACUCCAAACCCACAGCAACAAAGCUACGAUAUACUUUUGCCUUAUUAGGUGCUAGUGGCUAACAUGUUAGCGCACAGCAGAAACAGAGGAUCCCAAUGAGGGUCCUUUCCUGCCAACUGACAAAUGUAGGUCUGAUGUUUACUCACCUUUAUGCCACCACCUCCUGAGAAUGUUGUCUUUGGCUUAGACACUUUUUUUCUUGUCACUUGUUCAGUAGGUUUACCAUUUCGCAGUGAGGUGUUUCUCAGUCCGUGUUUACAGGAAGCAGCUGCCCAAAGUUUUACAUGAUGGGUCAGUAAGAGCGAUUGGGUUUCGCCUUUGUGGACUGAUGAACUUAAACAGCCUAAAAAACUACAGAGAUGUUGAAUAGGAGGAUCUAGGUGUUGAUUCUCAGCGAGAUUCAUAGUAGUAGCAACUGUUUUACACGCCAGGAGUGCUUUGAUUUUAUCUUGAUAACACAUAUAUCGCUUAAUGUAGCUUUAACAUUUUUUAUAUGUUUUUAUCUUCUGUUUGUGGAGAACCAAAUUUGUUGGCAGUUAUAAAAGAACGUAAGAACGCAAGGAAGGAAGACAAGAAUGUAUAUAACUGUAGGUAAAGGCACAGUGUGUUGAUUAGCUUUAUUUUAGUGCACCUUAAACUGGCUACACACUAGAAAAGAGUUGGAAAUUGCAUCAUAUUAUUGGAGUGGCAACCAGUUCGCAGUAGAUGAGCUACUUAUCUCCAUAUAUCAUGUCAUCUUGUUGGCAAAAAGGCUCACAAAAAAUGUCAGCUACAGGCCCCGAAGCUGCUCCGAGAGGAGAUGUAUAUCGACUUAAACAUCAUCAUGGUUCAGAGGUAAUCCUCUCAUCUGAAAUUAGCUGAUGAUACGUUUCUGCCAGCUCUCCUAACUGCCGCUCAAACAGGUCUUGGUAUCUACUCUGACAAACAAUAUAAUGUUUUUAAAAGUGACUAUACAGGCUUGCCGUGCUCGGUGACUCACGCGACACUGAUCAACUCUGAUUCACUAGUGCAAGUGGAUUUCUACUCCUAGCAAUUAUUCCUCGUGUCAUGUUGUGUCACUGCCCAAAUAAGUGUGUCCAAUGAGUGUCUGACUUACUGCAUCAUCUUGCCACUGCCAGUUAGUAUGAAUCAGAAUUAAAGGUCCAGUGUGCAGGAUUUAGGGGGAUAUAUUGGCAGAAAUGGAAUAUGAUAUAAUACGUAUGUUUUCCUUAGUGUGUCAUCACCUGAAAAUAAGAAAUGUGGUGUUAGUGUUAUCUUAGAGUGAGCUGUUUAUAUCUACACUGGGAGCAUGUCCAUGGUGUCUUCCAUAUUUCUGCAGCAGCCCAGAACAAACAAACUAAACACUAGCUCUAGAUAGGGCCAUUUGCAUUUUUGUCUGAGCCACCAUCAUUCGCAGCACCUCUGCAAGUGAAACUGCUUUAUUCAGUCUGUUUCUUUUGGAGAGGAAAAGACCUCUGCGGAUAAUUUGGCUCUGGUUAAAAACUUCCCGAACAAUGAACACCCAAGGAAAGUUUCAGUUUCUUGCAAUCUGCAAUCCUCACACCGCUAGAUGCCACUAAAUCUUACACACUGCUCCUUUAAGGGUAGGAUAUAUCCUCCUGAGACCCAUUUUGGGUUUUUCUUGACCUUAUACUUCAUUCUACUUAACUUAGACCUGUUGUCCUUGUUCGUAGAUACAUUUAUGUGCCAUCUAGUGGCAGUAAGAGCACAUUACACUAAUCCAAAAAUAAAAAUAAGAUGGCAGCCAUCUCUGCCAAGCCAGUCUGCAGCUGAAUCCUGACACAAAAGUGGACAAGGUCCAAAACCUGAUCAGAUUUAAUGGUUGAAACAAAAUUGGCCAAUUUUAGUGACAGUAACAAGCUAAGACAUUGUUGAUCAGUAAGUACUCGUUUGGAGACAUUGGGACUUAAUUAUCAUCUUGUUUCAGGACGUUGGGACAUAGUUAUCGCUGACAGUGUACAGUUUUUUAUACUUAUUGGGUCUUUCUGAUCCCAAAUGUCAAGGAGACAUUGGUUCUCAGGAGGAUAUACGGAGUCUUAAACUUUGAGGGCAGAUUUAUGUCCAGACUGGGUCAGAUUCACCUUCAACAGAGAUGAUGCUUUUCAAAAAAUGUAUAAAUUUAAUUGUGGAGUUUGUGAGUGAUUUAUGUUUCCCCUGUGUGAAAUGGACUGCAGAGGUAGAAACCAUUGAUGCAGAUAGCUUUAAUUUCUGUUGGACUUUAUGCGUCAUACCACUACUAUCUUGCCAAUCAGAUAUUGAGAAAUUUGGCCUCAAGCUUGUUUUCUUUUAUUUCUAAUUUUAUUAUGUUUUUUUUUUAAACCUCUCAAAUACUUGUAAUCAAAGAAGGAUGAGACAACCAUUUUGAAAAUGGUGUUUAAUUUAUUUGAAAUACAAGAAGUUCUUUAUUUACUCUUACAAGGUUGGAAGUGCCAGCGCUGUUAAGGUUUUUGUGCAAUCACCCCUGCUUGCCACUAUGAGCCACAAAUACUGUAUAUACUAAUGCUAGGAGACAUGUUUCAUGUUGCGUGAAGGAUGUAUAUAUAUGUGCUUGUAUGUUUUUAUUUCACAUGGAGGUGCGUUUUUAAUUUCACCUGUACAGUGUGCUUUGGCCCAUGCCUUCUCAGACUGGUGGCUGUUGGAGUUGCCACACAAACGGAUCCAAUUCCAGGUCCAAACAUAAGCCAGAUGCCUUGGCAGGGCUUUUAAAGGGCUGCUGUAAUGAUAAAGGGUUACAUGCCCAACUGUGUUUUUGAAGCUAGUAACUAUGCCCCGUUCCCACUUCAAAGAUUCAUCUGUGUUCCUUUCCCCUUCCUGUGUUGAUAGAUGAGGUUAAUUUGUGAAUAAGGUCUCCUGUACAGUUCUCGUACAGCAUGCAGACCCCUGGAGGACUGACAACACAUCAGACAGACCACAAACCUGAUAGGGGGGGAAGGAGGCAGGAAGACAGAGAGAAUCUCACCUGGUUGUGAUUGUGAGGCCCUGGAGCUGAGCGGAGACGAAAGGGAGGCGGGGUACUUCAGGGGGUGGGGUGUGGGGUGUCCCAUGGUGAACCUUGGUCCCGAGGGACUGCUACACAUUUAAAAUACAGAUUUACAACAAGAAACAGCUGGAAGUGGUUGCGGUAAAGUGGUGUGCGAGCCCUCUCCCCUGCUCGCCUACAUCUAAAUCAUCUGUGUAUUACUGCAGUCCAACUAAUAGCCCAAAUGAGGAUGAGGAUGUAGGAACGUCACGUUGUUUGAUGCCCCUCCAGCUUCAUGGAAAACCAGAAGUUCUCAGCUGGUUAUGUGGCUCCAUGUUUUAUUAUGCCUUAUUGAAUUAGUGCCUUAAAGUAGGCGCUGGUUGGCCAAUCUCCUGUUUAUAUGUCCACUUGUAGGUAUGAUUCAUGUUUAGUUUUUGUAUAUAGAUUUUAUCUAUAGGCUCUAAACCAGAGAAUUUUAAAUAAAGACAUUAUCCACAUUCA